AUGGACGGCCUGCUCACCCCCGUCAGCACCACCUACCGCAGGGCGACACGCGACAGCGAGCCGCUUCUCACAGAGGUGAAGCCGACACGACAGGUCAAAGAGGCUACUACCAUCUCAGACGUUUCCUCUCCCGACGAUGCCCUGGAGAUUCUCAAGAACCAGCCAGGCUACGAUACGCUGAUUGCAGUCCUGCGCUACCUGACGGCCGAGCCGUCCUCACCAGCAGCCUUUCACCUGCAAACCCCGAGUCCAAAAAGUGCUGCCAUUGUCCAUGUUCUGGUCACGGAGAUUAUACCAAACUACUGGGCGCUCCUGCAAGAAGAGUCGACUGAGUAUGGCACCGGGCCAACUUCCGCCAACCCCGACGAUGCCGAGCUGGCGCUGCGGUGUCUGCGGAGCGUCACAGGUCUCAACGCCGUCGUCACGCACCUCAAAACCAUGAUACGGGAGUCUCGGACCGUAGGAAAGGGCCCCAAACGACCUGAUCUCCAGCUCCACCUGACGUUGUUCCUGGAUCUUCUCAAUGGGCUAUUGAAGGGCGAACACACCAUUCGGGCGAUAUGGACCGCCUCCACCGCCAGGCUCACCGAGGCCGCGCAACGCAAGAUUCAGUCUCAGCAACUACUGUCGGUAAUCAGCAGCGGCCGCAUACUGUCCACUGCCGCCGAGGCAGCUGCUGUCGUCGGCACAGAUGAGAUUCCAGCCGCUUCACGAUGGAUCACCGACGGCAUCGAAUUUAGCAAAUGGAUCAGUCUCAAUGUUGCAUCAUGGACAAGGCGGGAGCCACGAGACGCGGAGACUACAUUCUGUGCCGACCUUGUUCAGCGAUCCUUGUCGCUGGGUUACACUGGCACGGUGGCCAAGACGAUAAUCGAUGAGCUGUUGCUCUCUAAGGAUGGACGGCCGGAAGCUUUCUCCGCCGUCUGUCUUCACCAGCCUCAGGUGGCCAAGAAGAUGAUGAAGAUUCUGCUUGAGCAUCUGUCACAACGGUUUCUGAACAGCCUCGUCCUAGAUGACACGAGCUCGAACAGUGUCGUCUCUGCUGUUGCUGGUGUUAUCAAUGCCGUUGUGGCUGACGAUGCUGCCCAUCGGACAACGUUGGUGGACUGGUGUACUGCCGCCUCAGGGGCUGGGCUAGGCGACCAAAUCGGCAUCCGCCGUGCCGUGCUCGCCGUUCUGGCUAAAGACAAGGGGACUAUCACAACAGUCUUGGAAAAGAGCCUAGCGCAGUUUGGCGACCAGCUGUACAUCAAGCACGCCGCCAUCCUGCAGCAAGAAGCCCACACUCAGGUACUACUGCUCAGCGCCGGCUACGUCGCCAGGCUAUCCCCUAUCAAACUGAGGAUGCUUCUACGGUCUGGCACUUAUUUGUCCGCGAUAUCGAAUCGCAUAGCCGCAACACACGCCAGGGCUCGCUUCUUGGGUAUGGCAGUAGGCGAGUCUCUCUCAGGGCUGAUCGACGACAAGGCCAAGAAACUUGACUUUCACAUGGAGGAGAUGGAGACCGGCGAGGCAGACUGGUUCAAGGGACUGAGCAGUAUUUCCGACUCGGUUGGGCCGUUUGAUUCCCUCCUCUCUUCAUCCCCACCCGCAUCACAGCCCAAACCGCCAACGAAGGUCGCGUCCACGUCGAAAGCGCGAAAACCAAAACCGAAGGCGGCCGUUUCAGCACCAGCCCCCAAGGCCAUAAUCGAGGAAAUCGACUCGUCAGAUGACAGCGAGGAGGAGGAUCUGAAACCCUACGCCAAAGGGUCGGAUCCCGAGGACUCGGACGAUGAUGCCACCCUCGUCCAGCGCAACAAGGUAAAGGCGCCGGUCUACAUCCGCGACCUCAUUAGCUACCUCCGUGACUCCGAGAACUACGACAAGCAGAAGCUGGCCCUCCAGACAGCGCCUGUUCUGAUACGGCGAAAGGCGAACUACGGCACUGAGGUCAGCUCCCAUGCCGACGAGCUUGCUGGGCUGUUGGUGGGCCUCCAAGACAAGUUCGACAUUGAAGACUUCGCCGAGAAGAGGCAGCAGGGGAUGAUUGCUCUCGUGGUGUCCCAGCCAAAGUCAAUGGCCCUUUGGUUUGCACGCACCUUCUUUGAAGGGGACUACUCCCUAGCCCAAAGAACGUCUAUCCUCGUCACGAUUGGGCUGUCCGCCCGAGAGCUCGCAGGCUACGACAUCUCCCAGUAUCAGGCGGCUGCAUCGUUUCCCUCCAAGAGGCUCCCGGGAAAGAUUGAACAGCUCUACAUUGAUCCUGCUCAGCAGCCUAGCCAGCUACCUGCCUCUCAGCUCAAGGCUCUACCCGCAAACGCCCUCGACGGCAUAGCCCAGUCCGUGACGUCUUCGUUUCUCGCGCCUCUAGCCGCAGAAGCCGCGGAUGCCACGACCGGCCCCGACGUACUUAAACUGCAAACGUUUACGGCGCGGUACAAGUCCAAGGCGAAAGCAAAGCCCCGCGUCCGCGCCAUCCCCAACACCACGGCCGCGCUACUCGCGGCAUCCUUCUUCUUCCCGCUCACAGCGCACUUCCAGCUCGCCCUGCGCUCCUCCCGGCCCGUCGUCCUGAACCCAGCUCUCCUGUCCCUCUACCUGCAGACUCUCGGCAUCGUCGUCAACGCGGCCGGCCCGUCGACGCUGGCCCUGCCGCAGCUCACGUCCGAGCUGUGGGACCUGCUCCUGCGCGUGCGCGUCCACGUCGUGGGCGACGUCGCCGCCCUCAAGGGCUGGUUCGUCGCCAUGGCGGUGCUCCUCGAGGUCAACGACGGCGACAUGCGGAGGAUAUGCGCGGAGCAGGGCAGGGAGGUGGUCGAGACGCGGGAGUGGGUCAGCGGCGUGUUCGAGAGGACGAGGGGCGGCGACGACGGCGGGGAGGAGAACCACGUCAAGAUGCUGGCUGCCGGCGUGCUCAUCAAGCUGGGCGAGGCCAUUGAGAAGUACCAGGCGCUUCUGCUAGGCGAUCUAGUAGGGUUCUCAUAG